CAGCAGCGUCUGGACCAUUGGACCGCAUCAAAGAAACCGCUCUACGAGGCCCCCCAGUCCUAUGUACACCUCUGCCCGACCGUUGUGGUCUUGUUUUCUACCGAUUUUUGUUGAGUCGACACCUCGACAACGCGACAGUUGAGGAAAUCCUCUCGCACAGGACAACUUCUAUUAUUUUGAAGAGUCGCGCGGGAUAAAUCCUUCUGGACUCGACAAAGGAGAUCUAGCACAACGCAAUGGACGGCCUGCAGGUGGACGAUUCUUCUCGCGAGAAGAUGUACAUGUCGAAUGACUCGAGCAAGAUGGUCGCGCCAAAUAGCUAUCCCAUCAAUACGCCUACGUCUCAAUAUCAACCUCCGCAUCCUCAACCUACACAGACAUUGCCAACAUACCAGAAUGACGCCCCUAUGCCACAAAGACCACAAAUGCCUUGGGGACUCUCUCUGCGAGCAUACACGUUCCUAAUAAUUGGUAUAACCGCUGUCGUCCUAGGCGCAGCUUUGGGGGGCGGUUUGGGAGGAGCCAUCGCCGCGGUCGCCAAUGACAACAAAUCUUCCCCAACCGCCACAGUCACAGCAACAGUCACAAACGCAGCAGCGACCGCAACCGGCUCAUCAGCCGCCACAGCGUCUGUGACAGGAGCUGUUAAGAACUACUCUCCCGUGUUGCCCGCCCAAGUCAACACAACGGCACUGGACUGCACCGAUCAAGCCACCAUCACCUCGUACUCCGGAGACGCAUACACGCUCAGCUGCAACACAAACUAUGGCGGUAAUGACAUUGUCAGCUUCAUUGCUUACACGCUCGACACAUGUAUCAACGCGUGCUCGAACAUGAACAGCAUCGCCGGGAAUACAACGUGCCAUGGCAUUAUGUUUAACGCUAAUAUGGAGCACAUUUAUUCUGAAAAUAUGGGCAAUUGCUGGCUGAAGUCACUGAUGGCCAGCGCUUCAGAAGAUGGAUUACCUCCGUCUGUGGGAGCAGUACUGGCGACGUCGUGACACCGCCUCUCGCGGUUAAUCGUUUGCAUUUGUUGUUUGUCAGAUUCGGGUUUAUGUGAUGAUGAACAUUCUUGCCAUGGGACAGAAGCAACAGAGAAAUGCUUUUUUGUGCCUUCCAAUAACCUGUCCUCAGUGGUGCUCGUACUCUCACAUCCUUUAGACACGUGGACGAACAUAUGGGUACGUCGACUGGAACUGGGUUACACGUUGGCAUUGCUC